UUCAGUGUUCAUAUGUUCUGAUCUCAGUUUGAAAUGAUCCAUAUUCUCUACCAACUCCAUUCUGUAUCAUUCUCCUAUGUAAUCCGACUGAACAAAGCAGCAGUCGCUUUCUCUCUCAGUUUGUCUACACCUGUAAUCUCCAUGGAGCGCCACAUGGAAUCAUGAAAUUACUCCCAGCACAAGACCGUCAUCAGCAGCGGCAACGACGACAGCCCUAGAAACAUUGAUCCAAACAGACUCGGAAACGAACAGAAGGAAUAGAAGAAAACCCCUUACUCGAGAAGCAAAAUUAGUUGCUUGUAAUGGCGGUUUCAGAGGAAGAGUGUUCUACUGCAAAAUCUCGACCGUCGGGUUCGUCUUCAUCAGCAGCUUCUCACGGCGUUCACUACCUCGCCAAGUGCGUUCUUCGAGGCAGCGUCGUCCUCCAGGUCGCCUAUGGUCAUUUUCGCUCCCCUUCAUUUCUCGACGUCGUUUUUGGCAAGGAGACAUCAAUAGAAUUGGUAUUCAUUGGUGAAGAUGGGAUUGUCCAAUCUGUAUGCGAGCAGGCUGUAUUUGGCACAAUAAAGGAUCUUCACACUGUUCCUCGAAGUAACAAGUCUUGUGGACAAAAUACUCAGAUGCAGGAAAAGGACCUCUUGGUUGUUGUUUCUGAUUCAGGGAAACUCUCAUUUCUCACAUUUUGCAAUGAAAUGCGCAGGUUUUUCCCAAUGGCACAUGUUCAACUAUCCAAUCCAGGGAACACAAGAUAUCAGCUUGGAAGGAUGCUAUCUGUAGAUUCCAGUGGUUGUUUUGUUGCUGUUAGUGCACAAGAUGACCGGUUUGCUCUCUUUUCCCUUUCAAUGUCUCCUACAAGUGAUAUAAUCGAUAAGAGAAUAUAUUAUCCUCCUGACAAAGAGGAUGCAGUUACCACAAGAAGCACGCAGAGAACUAGAAUGUCUGGUACAAUAUGGAGCAUGUGCUUCAUUUCAAAAGAUCCUAGUCAACCAAAUAAGGAUCAUAAUCCUGUUCUAGCUGUUGUUAUGCAAAGAGAAGAAUUUCUCCUGAAUGAAUUACGGCUAUUCGAAUGGAAUGUUAGAGACCAUUCUAUCUGUUUGGUUUCACAAUAUCUUGAAGCUGAGCCACUCGCACAUAGCAUUGUUGAAGUUCCUCAUUCUUAUGGAUUUGCCUUUCUCUUUAGGGUCGGUGAUGCUCUCUUAAUGGAUCUUAGAGAUGCUCACAAACCUCGUUGUAUAUACCGAAUUGGCUUGAACUUUUUGCCUGCUACAGUGGAAGAACAAAAUUCUUCUGAUGAGUCAUAUAGAAUGCCCGAUAUUGAUCAAGGUCUAUUUAAUGUUGCAGCAUAUGCUCUCUUAGAGCUGAGGGAUUAUGAUCCGAUGUGUAUAGAUGGUGAUGGUAGCAAUGCAAAAUCAGACUCUAAUUCAUAUGUUCGUGGGAGUUGGGAACCGAAAGAUGACAGGAAUCCAAGGAUGAUUUUUUUUGGGCAUAAUUUGAUAGUGGUUGCUACUUCUAAUCCAUGUUUAAUGAUUCUUGGUUUUAGAUCUCUAUCGCCAUAUAAUUAUGAAAUCUACGUAAUGCAACAUGUAAGAUUGCAACAUGAAUUAUCGUGCAUUUCCAUGCCUGAAAAGCAUUUUGGUCAAAGGAGAUCCUUUUCUCCCAUCAAUUUAGUUGAUAAUAAUCGAGCAACUACUCUUCCUGUUGGUGUAGACAAAGGCUAUACAUUUGUUAUUGGCACACAUAGGCCUUCAGUGGAAAUCCUGUCAUUUGUACAUGAUGAAGGAGUAAAAGUUCUUGCAUCUGGGAUUAUUUCCUUGACGAAUACUCUGGGAACUACUAUUAGUGGCUGUAUUCCUCAAGAUGUGAGGCUUGUUUUAGUUGAUCAAUUCUAUGUGCUUUCUGGAUUAAGGAAUGGGAUGCUUCUUCGAUUUGAAUGGCCUCAUACCUCUUCUACGUCUUUGUCAGUGGUGCCUUGUUAUGGUUCCGCUGGUCCUUUUUCGGAAAACCAAGACAUGGUAAUGGAUGCAAGUUCUGUUAGUUCGGAAAUUUGUGGUGUUAACUUAUCUGAGAAGAGAAAGGAGGACCUGCCUGUUAAUCUUCAAUUAAUUGCCAUGCGCCGUAUUGGUAUUACUCCUGUUUUUUUGGUUCCCUUUAGUAAUUCACUUGAUGCAGACAUGAUAGCUCUUAGUGAUCGGCCAUGGUUGUUGCAAACUGCACGGCACAGUCUUUCAUAUACUUCCAUCUCAUUUCAACCUUCCUCGCAUGCAACUCCCAUAUGUUCUGCUGAAUGCCCUAAGGGAAUUUUAUUUGUUUCAGAGAGCUGUCUGCAUUUGGUAGAGAUGGUGCACUGUAAAAGACUUAAUGUGCAGAAGUUUCACCUUGGAGGCACACUGCGGAAGGUCCUGUAUCACAGUGAAAGCAGGUUAUUGGUUGUGAUGAGAACUCAAUUGCCCAAUGAUACAUGUUCAUCUGACAUAUGCUGUGUAGAUCCCCUUAGUGGUUCAGUGCUGUCAUCCUUUAAACUUGAACAUGGAGAAACUGGAAAGUCAAUGGAAUUCGUGAGGGUGGGAAAUGAACAAGUUCUCAUAGUUGGGACGGGUAUAUCUUCUGGUCGAGCUAUGAUGCCGAGUGGUGAAGCUGAAAGCACCAAGGGUCGUCUUAUCAUCCUCUGCAUCGAACAUGUGCAAAAUUCAGAUAGUGGUUCAAUGACAUUAGGCUCAAAAGCAGGAUCAUCUUCUCAACGAACUUCGCCAUUUCGUGAAAUUGUUGGACAUGCUGCAGAACAGCUGUCAAGCAGUAGUAUCUGCAGUAGCCCAGAUGACACUAGCUGUGAUGGAAUCAAACUAGAAGAAACUGAAGCAUGGCAGUUGCGAUUAGUGUCCUCAACCACAUGGCCUGGCAUGGUACUUGCAGUCUGUCCAUAUCUUGAUCGCUACUUCUUGGCCUCUGCUGGAAACAAAUUUUAUGUAUGUGGUUUUACAAAUGAUAACCCCCACCAGAGGGUGAAAAAGUUUGCUGGAGGAAGGACACGUUUUAUGAUAGUGUCCUUGACUGUUCAUUUUACCAGGAUAGCUGUUGGUGAUUGUCGCGAUGGUAUUCUUUUUUAUUCUUACCAUGAGGGUGCUAGAAAACUGGAGCAAGUAUUCUGUGAUCCAUCACUGAGGCUAGUUGCUGAUUGCGUUCUUAUGGAUGUCAAUAGUGCUGCUGUGUCAGACCGUAAAGGGAGCAUUGUUGUGCUGUCAUCUCCAGAUCAUUUAGAAGAUGAUGCAAGUCCCGAAUGCAACUUAACUCUAAGCUGUGCUUAUUAUAUGGGUGAAGUAGCCAUGAACCUCAGGAAGGGAUCAUUUAUAUACAAACUUCCAGCUGAUGAUGUGUUGAAGGGUUGUUAUGGCCAUAAUGCAAAUACUGACUCUUCAAACAACACCAUCAUUGCCAGCACACUGUUAGGAAGCAUAUUUAUUUUCAUUCCUUUAUCAAGGGAAGAACAUGAACUCCUAUCAGCUGUCCAAGACAGACUUGUGGUUCACCCGCUGACUGCUCCUAUUCUAGGAAAUGAUCAUAAUGAGUUUCGAAGUCGUGAAAACCCGCCUGGAGUACCACAGAUACUAGAUGGUGACAUGCUGGCUCAGUUCUUGGAGCUUACAAGUUUGCAACAAGAUUCAAUAUUAUCAUUGCCACUGGGCUCUUUGGAUACCGUUAAAUCAAGCUCGAAACAACUUUCUUCUUCACCACUCCCUGUCAAUCAAGUGGUGCAACUACUUGAGCGGGUUCAUUAUGCGUUGAACUAACUAAACCCGUAAUCGCCCUUCCCCCAAUCUCUCUCUCUCUCUCUCUAUAUCACGAUACGUGACCACAAGAGCAGCAGCAGACCGGAUGCUACGUUUGAUCCCGAUACAGAAUUGCCAAUCCGCCGGACCGGUUCAACCGUGUGGGUCUUGUGGCUGCUAUUGUAGCAAGCUAACAUACAUGCGAAAACCUCGAUUCAUAUUCUUUCUAGUGCAAUACAGGGCUGGAAAAUGAGUGGCAGCAGCAAAUAAAUGUUUGAAAUUUAUGUAAAUUUUACUGUAUCUUUUCAUGUAAGUAAAUCUGUGUUGCAUUACAGAUAGCUAACAUCGGUACUUAACGAGUUUUUUGGGAUUGUAAGCACAUUUGAUUUUCUCGUCAAUGGAUAAGCAAGCAAUAGUUGGAAAAUUA